AUGCAAGAAAUUGAUUUGCUAAGGCUACACAAAGAAACUAUAAAGUAUUUAGAAAUUGAGAACAUCUUUAAACGUCUUACUAGUACCUUCCUAGAUCGGAUAUAUCAUCUCAUAAAAGAUAUAUUUGCCGAAGAACACAAAUUUACUAUUUAAGUACAUAACAGAUAUAACUAGGAAUUACUAAAAUUAGCAAACCAAAAGGAAAUUUCUUUGAAAGAAUUCAAACUAGCAGAACAUUAUAAAUUAAAUUCUGAGAUAUUUAAGACAAAUCUUUAAGCUAUAUUUAACAUUGUAAUAGAUGAUCUCUAAAAUUCCUUUAACAAAUAAGUGUUGAUUGAAGAACGAGCGAUCUUGGAACCUCGACUACUCACUCAAAUUGAUGAAGAAUCUUAAAUUUGUCUUACUGAAAACAUUAACGAAAUCUCUUAAGAUUACCCUAAAACAACCAGAGAUGAGGUCAAAACUUAAGAAACUCCUAUUGUCAACAAAGAAUUUAAAUAAUCUCAGUCUAAAAAUCCUUUAACUAAGCUAUUAUAGUUAAAUAAAUCUUCUUGCCUGUCUAUUGUCAGUUCCCCUAGACACUCAAGAGAUAAUAGCAUAAAUAAUAGCACAUUCAAAUAAUCUAAUAAACAAAUUUAAUAACUUGUGCUGAAUAAUAAGAUAUAAAUUAAAGAAAGAUCAAUAAUAAAGAACAAAAGCUUUGAAUUGAAUCAAAUUGCAGAAAGUCUAUUUGCUCAAACCAAAAGUCCUAAGGCAAAUUAAACAAUGAUAUUAAACAAUCUAAUGUCAAAAAUGGUAAACCUUAAAGAAAAUGCUUUAAAGUGA